AUGACGUUAGGUGUCCUUCUUCCUGCUCACCCCUCUCCAUCCCAUCCGCCGAGCGCAGUCAUGAACGGCGCUCACCGCUCCCUCUUCUGGGCCGCGCACCACCCUCCUUCCUCGGGCUACCGGCUCUCUGGCGCACGUCGGGUGAGGGCUCUGCCUCCGGUGGGCUGCCGCCCGUCCGCUUGGCUUCCACCCGCUCUUCGCCAGGUUUCCAGCGGGGGGCACCCUCGAUCUACCCAGUUGCGGGGUGGUCCGCGGGGCAAUCGGCUCCUGCGCCGCGCUCCUUGCGGCGAUUCUGUCUUCGCCUCUCUGUGUUGGGCUUCGCAGGGGGGGGAUUCCGCGCAGAGCCCGUUCCCAGUAGACGGGGACGGUGAGCUCCUUCGGCGACCAAGCCUGCUGGAGUUCCUCACGUCAGAGAGGGUGAAGGUAGUGGCCAUGAUAGCGAUGGCCCUGGCCCUCUGCAACGCCGACCGGGUGGUCAUGUCAGUGGCCAUUGUCCCGAUGUCCGCCGCCCGCGGGUGGACCAAGUCCUUCGCCGGCGUCGUACAGGUAAUAAUAUCUCUUCGCUUUCAGUUCCUAACAUUGAUUCCGAACGGAAAAUCCUCAUCCUCUCGCCAAACGAGGACUUGUAAGAAGAUAACUUCUCUCUAGGGUUGGUUGGGGCUUUGGCUGUUGGGUCGUUCCGGAAUCUCAUAUGAGCAUUGAGCGAGGACCACACUCGACCCUGAUGGGAUCUUCAGACGAGUUGCUGAUUUUCUCCACGCUGAUUAAUGUCCCAUUAUGUAUGUUCCUGUUAUCGACAUACAAAGUUCCAGAGAGUGGCAGAGUUUUGUGGAGGUCCAUGCUGAGUCCUCCGCAGAGGGGGAGCACGGGGAUUGAAUCCGCAUGGCUUGAUAACAUGCUGCUCACGAACACGGGUAGAAAACGGCGAUGAAAUAAUUGCUUUUGACGUUGGCGAGCCUAAUUAUUCUGCCGUAUUAGUAUCCAGGGGAUUUCUUCUCGAUGGACCCCUAUCUCGAGCAUCAUUCUGUCAUUUACUUGCAAUGAUGGUUGAAACUGGUGGAUUUCUUCUUCGUCUCCUUUUUUUUUUGGCCUCUGGGUUAGUAUUUCGGUUGUCAACGUAUGCAUCAUCAAUGCAUAUCUCUGCUGAGUUUUUUCCCCAUAUAGUUUAAUGCUGCUGGGUUUUUUAAAAAGAAUUCGGAACAUUACUGCUUCACUCCUUGAUUAUUUCACUGCCCGAUUAUUUCACUACUCGAUUGCUUCUGCUUGGCCUCUGAUAUUACAUCAGUUACUAGUCAUCUUUCCUCUGGGGAUACCUGCUGUCCCCCUUAGUUGGCGGUGCUCUGGUGGACUACUAUGGCGGCAAGAUAGUCAUGGCUUGGGGUGUAGCCCUGUGGUCGUUUGCCACUUUCCUCACUCCAUGGGCGGCAGACCGCUCUGUUUGGGCUCUGCUUGCAAUGCGUGCUCUCCUGGGUGUAGCGGAAGGGGUGGCGCUUCCUAGCAUGAACAACAUGGUCUCAAGGUAUCGAUACGACCCUUGCUUCGGCCGUUAUUGCUCUUCUUCUUAAUUUUGACAUCUCACAGGGCUGAAAUCGCACCAUUUUUCUUGCGUUCUUGUGUUUAAGAAUGAUUCUUCCCGAGUUUCUAGCGCAAUCUCCCUCACUCUCUCUCCACCAUUUUUCUUUUCAAAUUCACUGGAGUGGAUUGAUUUGGGCGUCUCUUGCAUGCAGAUGGUUUCCUCAGACAGAACGCUCUGGGGCUGUGGGGCUUGCCAUGGCUGGAUUCAGCCUCGGCAGUGCAAUCGGGCUCCUGCUCUCCCCGGUCAUCAUGUCCAAGGCCGGUGUGUUUGGCCCUUUUGUGAUAUUCGGAUUAUUUGGCUUCCUCUGGGUCCUGGUUUGGGUCUCUGGAACAUCGGCCGCUCCUGAUUCUCACCCUCAGAUAUCAAGGUACGAGCUCGAAUACAUUCUCGGCGACCGCCAGAGGACUCCAGCUCCUCAGCAUGAGGCCAAGGCCAGAGCGUCCUGGUUUUUCCCCCCCAUUGGACGCCUUCUGUCGAGAAUGCCGACGUGGGCUUUGAUCUUGGCAAACGCCAUGCACAGCUGGGUGAGAAAUCAUCGUCAUAAUCCAAGAACAAAAAAAAAAAAGAAAAAAAAAAAGAAAAAAAAAACCAUAAAAAAGUGAUGGCUGCAUCUCCUCAGAGGCCUUUGUGGUCUUCUGUCUUAGAACAUUCUCUGCCAACUCAUAUCAUUGAGCAUGUUUUCAGGGCUUCUUUGUGAAUCUUUCGUGGAUGCCCCUAUAUUUCAACAUGGUACUGCCCAGCCGCACCCUCCUGCCAGAACACGCUGAUUCUUUGAUGGGCAGCUCUGAAAUCCGUGGUCUCACUUGCCUUCCUUCGAUGCCAGAUUUAUCGCGUUGACCUGAGGCAAGCUGCAUGGUUCAGUGCCGUCCCGUGGGCCGUGAUGGCGAUUCUGGGCUAUUCUGCUGGUGUUAUCUCAGACAUGCUGAUUCGGGGCGGUUUAGCUGCCACGUCUACAAGGAAGCUCAUGCAGGUAAGCACAGAACCUAGGCAUCUUGUCGCAUCAUGGAAUCAGGUUCGGUCUCACAUCCUUGUCAAGUGAGAUCUUGCCCUUUAUUCUGCUCAGCGAAGCUCUGCAACUCAACUAGUGGCUUGCGUGAUCCCAGUGCCGUGUGGCAUAGAUGUGCCUGCAUAUAGUCAAUCAUCGCCUGUCAUUGAUGGUGGUAUUUUAUUUUCUUUAUUGGUCUAUUUUGGUGAUACUUAUCUGGGUCAAACUUUUAGGGGGUCAACCAGUUGACCAGAUCUACAGCUCGAGAGAUAGUGAGAUUAAAUCCCACUGGCUAAGAAUCAUCGUGCCUUCAUUAUCAGUGGAGCCGUGGGAUAUUGGCAUGCCCUUUCAGAAUUUUGGUCGCAGGAUGAACAGUGAGACUAUCGGAUUGAGCCGAAUGUCUCUAGAUUUAGAAAAAGAAAGAGAAGAAAAGAAAAAAAAUAGGGUGAUUUUCCAUGGAAAUGCAUGGUGUCUGUCAAUGCAGGAAAAAGAAAAAUCGCGUGCGGUCUCCUCCGUUUACGUUUACACAUAGAGACCCUGCAUUUAAGAUUUCCAAACAAAAUAUUCUUCUCUGUGCAGUCGAUCGGUUUUAUUGGUCCGGGCAUUGCGAUUCUCGGCUUGAACGCCUCCAAGGGUCCCUUCGUCGCAUCGGCGUGGCUCACGGUGGCUGUCGGGCUUAGCUCCUUCAGUCACUCUGGCUUCCUGGUGAACAUUCAGGUACGCCCAUCAAGAACUCGUAGCAAAUGUUCUCGACAUGGUCUCUCAGUCUUCUGUGUGGAAUGCCUCACAAAUGGUUUUCUUUUCCCCAGGAAAUCGCUCCGAAAUACACGGGGGUUUUGCAUGGUAAUGGAUCUCAGACUAUAUAUAGGUUUAGGCCGUUGAUUCAUCAUCGUAUCAUAUAGAUGACGGUAGUAAUAUUUCAGAAAUUUCAAAGUAAUUAUUUGGUGGGCUUCUCUGUGACCAUCCAUCAGGAAUGUCGAACACUGCGGGGACGAUGGCGGCGAUCAUGGGGACUGUGGGGGCGGGCCUCUUUGUGGAGAGGAUGGGCUCCUUCCGAGGGUUCCUGAUGCUGACCUCUCUCCUCUACUUCCUCUGCGCCCUCUUCUGGAACGUCUUUGCCACUGCUGAGCUCGUUGAUUUCGACGGAGACGGCCAGAAAGUUUUGUAA